AUCUUCCACCUGAUAAAGAACCAUUGGACUGGAAUACAAGGAUGAAGAUUGCAGCUGGUGCAGCAAAGGGUUUAGAAUAUCUGCAUGACAAAGCCAACCCUCCUGUAAUAUAUCGAGACUUAAAAUCUUCCAACAUACUUCUUGAUGAAGGAUACCACCCUAAAUUAUCAGAUUUUGGUCUUGCUAAACUGGGCCCUGUUGGCGACAAGACUCAUGUGUCUACACGUGUGAUGGGCACAUAUGGCUACUGUGCUCCGGAAUAUGCAAUGACCGGUCAACUCACAUUGAAAUCUGAUGUUUACAGUUUUGGGGUCGUCUUCCUUGAGCUGAUUACAGGACGCAAAGCUAUUGAUAACGCACGGUCUCAUGGGGAGCAUAAUCUUGUUGCCUGGGCUCGACCGCUUUUCAAGGAUCGGAGAAAGUUCCCGAAAAUGGCAGAUCCACUAUUGCAAGGCCGUUACCCAAUGCGAGGAUUAUACCAAGCACUGGCUGUAGCAGCAAUGUGCUUGCAAGAACAAGCAUCUACUAGACCUUUAAUAGGGGAUGUUGUGACGGCUUUAUCAUAUUUAGCCUCUCAAACUUAUGACCCUAAUGCAGUUGGUGCACAAAGUAACCGUGUUGGUUCAUCCACUCCAAGGAGCAGGGAGGAUAGACUACACUCCGCUGAUGGAGUAGAUAGCCCUGAUGAACAUAGCAGUGCUCACCAUGGUUCUCCUUCCAUCCAGAGGAAUUCUCCUGAUUCGAGGAAAAGAGAUUCUGCGAGGGAUUUCAAUACUGGGAUAGAGUUGAGGAAAAUUGCAACUAGCGGUGGAUCUGGUCGUAAGUGGGGUUUGGAUGAAUCAGAACGUCCGGAUUCUCAAAAAAACAGCCCUGUCAGUGCAGGUAGAACUAGAGAAACCCCGAGGAAUCGUGAUCUAGACAGGGAACGUGCAGUUGCUGAAGCAAAAGUAUGGGGCGAAAAUUGGAGGGACAAAAAGAAGACAAGUGCAAGGGGUAGUAGUUUUGAUGGGAUGAAUGAAUGAUUUGUGCAACAGCGUAUGUUUCUAGGAAUGUAGGUUUUGGGUGUCAUGAUGCAAAACCCGAGGUACUACAAUUGCAUCAUUAUUACGCCCUUGGUCAUCCAUACUCAGAGUUGAAGCAAGUGUCCUUUAAUCCAUUCUUAUUCAAUGUGAACUUGGAUGUUUCAGCUGUAGCGGUUGAAGGAAAAAAUGCUAAAAAGAGGGAAAGCAGCUUAAUGGUGCAAUAUGUGGAGCCAGAGUUGGGGGAUAAAUGGGGGGUUGCAUUGUGGCAACAUGUUAAUCAUGUGUUUUAUGGGGUUUCUAGAGUUUGACACAGGAGAAGUGGGUAAGAUAUCGGACUUUCACCACUUUAUGUGUUCUUUGAAUGGAGGAACUUGGUGGAUAUGGUUUAGGAUGUCCCUUGUAAUUCCAUUCUUACACCUUGUGUUCUGUUGUAGUUCCCAUCUGUAUGGAUUUCAGAGUCUUGCGUUUUGGCUUUUAUAGAAAGGGGGUGUGAGUAUCAUACCGUGUCCCGUUAAACGAAAUACUGUAUAUUUUGAAUUAGCAGCUUUAAGGUUCAAACUGAAUAUCUCGCCACCAUUUCUUCUGACUUGCUGAGUGACCUAUGCAACAGUUUGGCAUGUUGGUUUC